GUGGUAUGAGCAAAAGGUUGCUUGCUCAUCGCAUUGUGACAAUAAUGUGAAAAUCGCGAUCGCGCUUUGUCGGAUCUAGUGGACGCGUCUGCUCACAAAGCGGUUCGUCAUUCAUCCACAAUCCACAAGUCCACAUCAUCCAGACAUAAAUCGGUACUCAACAUGACAUCUCCCAUCAACCCACCCUUGCUCCAUUCACAUCACAGUGUUCUUCACUACACCUGUCUCCAUGAGUCCCUACUCUCCUGACUACUAUCCCCGCUACCGCCCCGGAAUCUCAUUCGCUGUCCCUGCUCUUGCUACCAAGUAUCUUGCGGAGCAACGUGAGCGUGCACGGGCUCUGCGUUACCAACAGCAGCCCGUGAAUCAGCCUAGCCCAAUUGCCCUCCUUGCUCACGAGUACGAUGAAUUUCCCGACCAGCAGCGCAUGAUACGCGUCUUGCAUACCUGUAGGUCGCAGGAUGAGAAGAAUAUUGGCCACAUUAUGGCCCUCAAGCAUGCUGAAACGCAGUGGGCCAACCACACAGCCCGCCAGACAGCUGAAAUGCAGUGGUCCAGGAUCCGAGCGUGGCAGUAUUUUGUCGCUUUAAAUGCUCACAUCGAGGAGGAACAAGCCUUUGCCCGCCGGCGUGCAGAUGCUGAAAAAUUCCUCGAAGAAGCUGAGACCUACCUCAGCGAAUUUCUCCCUCCGGAUGAGGAGCCAUGCCUCAGCGCCUUUCAGCCUUUCGACCUGCCUGGUACUCCCGUAUGUUUUCACUCGUCCAGUAAAUCUGUGUCAUGUGACUUACCACAAUCCCCGACAUUCUCCCCUCAGCUUCCAGCUUCCACUUCCAAGGUCCUUGUUCAGGACGAGCUUUUGCUGAAGGACAUGAUCGAAGACUGUGUCAUGACAGAGUACCGGUUUGAAGUGCACGAUACGCUCCAAUCGAUCCUUGACUGUCUCUCUGCAGUCACUUCGACCGAAGGUCCUAUCGAACACGUUCCCGUACCAACCACUGCCGGGGAGAUUUCUAGCUCGAUGCAGGUCGACGUCGACGAAGAGGGAACCAUGUCCAAAUAGGAAAGGAGAAGCCAAGGAGAUCCCUGUAUUUUGACGCUGAAGAGCCUUCUGCAUCUCCAACCCAAGUCGCAUCUUCGUUCUCCCAGAUCACUUCCAUCUCCUCCAGUCUCGAGACCCUUCUCGCCAACUUUCAGUCCCCUACCGAGCUUGAUUCCUCUCUCUUCCACGCUCAGACCCUGUUACUGUGUCUGUCGAGCAACUCGCUUACCAAAUGCAUAUCGACCUUUCGGAGGACGUCAGUGAAGGUGCAUUCUUCCUUUGUUGUGAGUUGUGAGAAUGAGGCGUGGUAUCAUAUCAGCCGAGGCUUGAUCAUCUUGUAUCUUUUACUGUGGUAUUUAUUUAAAUCUCACUUAUGUUCUACGUAUACUUUGUUUAUGUUCGUUCAUCUUGAAUAUAAAUAUUUGCUUGGUUGCACCUGAAGCGAAC